CCGCUAGGGGCGCGCAGGCCGCCGCUGCCGGGAGGAGCCGGGGGCGGCCCCGGGCAGAGGCGGGAAGGAAGGCGGCAGAUUGAAACCCGCAGCAGCGCCGGGCGGAGCAGACCAUGGAUUCUGAAUCAAAACACAGUUUCAUAGGAAGUUUUCUUCAGCCUCCAGAUAAGAGCAAGUAUUCUACCUUUGCUCACAGAAAAUCAAAGAAAUUAACAACUGCUAUGGGAGACCUGCCUUCUGGUCCAGACAAUCAAGUAGCUCUGAUGGCAGCUCUGAAAACUCUUCAGGAAAAGAUCCAUCGUUUAGAGUUGGAGAGGUCGCAGGCUGAAGAGAACCUGAGCAGUCUUUCUGUAGAGGCUGCUCAGUACAAAAAAACCUUGCACCAUGAAUCCUGUGAGAAAGAUAUCACCCAUCAGGAACUGAUGCAACAGAAAAAAGAUGUAAGCAUGCAGUUAAGCGCAGCCCAAUCACGCUGCUCCCUACUGGAGAAACAGCUGGAUUACAUGAGAAAAAUGGUUUUCAGUGCAGAGCAAGAAAAGAAAAUGGUUUUACAGCAACAGACCCAGCUUCAAAAGGAGAAAAAUCAGAAUCAGAUGGAGCUACAUGCAAAACUUGAAAAGCUUGAAGUACUAGAAAAAGAGUGCUUCAAACUUACCACUACUCAGAAAACUGCAGAAGACAAGAUCAAACAGUUGGAGGAAAAGCUUCAUGAAGAAGAGCAUCAGCGUAAGUUAAUACAAGACAAGGCAGCUCAGCUUCAAACAGGACUUGAGAUCAAUAGAAUUCUGAUGUCUUCAGUUUCAUCUCAAAAUGAACCAAAAAGGAAAAAUAGGAGGAAGAAAACAGUAAAGAAAAACCCUAGUCUCAAGAAAGUGACUCCACCACAAUUUUAUGUUAAGACUGGAGUGCUGCCAUUUGUGGCUGGGAAGUCUGCCAGCUCCAGCCAUUCUGUUAGUGCAAAUGUACAAAGCGUCUUGCAUAUGAUGAAAUAUCGCAGUCCAUGCGUCUCAUCACAGUAUCCAGAAAAGGCUGAAUGCAGAGUUUCCAGAAGAACUAUUGCUUCCAAAUCAGUGUCAUCCUGUUCCACAUCUUCUUCUGUCACUGAAAAUCUCUCUGACCUUUUGUUGGCAAUACAGGAUGAGCUGGGUCAAAUGAGCUUUGAACAUCAAGAACUCUUGAAGCAGAUACAGGAAACUGAGAACUGUGAAGUUCGCGAAGACCUUGAACGUGAAUUGGAUUGUCUGGUAAAGCAAAUGGAGAUUAAAGGCGAUCAAAUAUCCAAGUUGAAAAAACACCAAGCCAGUGUAAGGAAGUGAAUCUUAAAUAAUUUAAUUAAGGGGUAGAGGAAAUACUGCAGUGGAGUUAUUUUUCAUCUAUUGCCUAUAUUUAAAAUCUUGUUGACACCCACAGGUCAGUAUAUUGAAACAUGAAUGCCUAAAAUGUUGCAACUAAUUAGGUGUCUAUUUGCCUCCAAUUCCUAUCUCUGAAAUCAGUUCACUUAUGUAUAUUUUCAUAUAUGGGUGCCUAACGAGCACGCGCGCACACACACAUUUUCUAUAUGCAUUUGGGAAUUAGAACCAGUAUUUUCAAAUAUGGAUGCCUAAAUAAUGCACACGUAUAUAUGUAUGUAGCCCCACACACACGCACACAUUUAUGGAAGUACACACGCACGCACGCACGUGUGCAUUUUACAUUUUUUAGGCAACCAUAUUUGAAAACACUGGUUCUAAUUCCCAAAUUAGCUAACAUUUCCUCUUUAAAAUGGGCUGGGUGAGGAGCUGCUGUGGGGCUGGGAACUUGAGGCAGGGACAACAUAGUCCAGAGCUGGGGCACAAUUAAAAUCUGCUGCCCAUACAUUAGAGCAACCCCCCGCCCAGCUGUGUCUUGCCAGUGCUGCUGGGGCUGGUCUCCAUGGAAACCCUGGUCCAUUUGUCAUGGCCCUGCUGCUGCAAGGGUCUCCUUAGAAACUGGCUACAGUGAUGCAGGCAGGGGCUGCUGGGAAAUGGAGUCCAGAUGCUGGCCAGAUCCACCGUUUUGUCCACCCCUGAUUUAUAGCAUCUCAAAUAUUCUUAUGUUUACAGUGUGUAAAAUGAUAGGGCCCCACCCCUCUCUCCCUCUCAUUAAUAUGAAAAGAACCAGGAAAAGCUGUAUUUUUCCAGCUUUUUCCUUCCUUGUUCCUCUUUGAUGCCAACAUAUGUAGGGUCACAUAUGAACUUGUCAUAAUUCAAACAGUAAGCUGUACUUCUAUUUCAUAAGCCAUGAUGUUCGCUAGGAUGCAUGGCAGAAUUCUUUAUCCUUACUAAAGGAUUUAAUGUCUGAAUCUGCAUGUUGACCACUUUAAAAAUGCAACCUGUAUUCUCCCUGCUGGAGUGACCUUUCAUGAAGAUUUCAUGGUAUAUACACAAAUCAAGAUACAUGCCAGGCACUUCUGAAUGUCAGACAUUUUAUAGCAAUAUCAACCUUAUGAUAUUUGUUCUUAUAAUGAGCCAAGAGAAAUGCUGAGGCUUUAUGGCUAAAAUCUAGAUACAAUAGCUAAACUAUCUAGAAAGAAGCUAUAACUGUGUGAUAAAUAACAGAAUGUAAAGCAGAAGAGGCUGUCAGGGCUAGGUUUUUGGAUGAGACAGAGUUCUUCUCUCAUGCAAACAUUUACAUCUUAAAUAUUGCAGGAAAAAACCUAACUUUACAUUUCAAAAGUAUAUUUCUAAUGCUUGCUGUUCCUAGAGAAAUAAAUCUAGUAUAUCUUUUCAUGGGGUAACCUUUAGACGUAUUUUCAAACACCAAAUAACAUUAAUGUCAUGUGAGGGAGGAUCUCUUUCCAAUGUCUGUUGUGAACAUAAAACUGCACACAUGAUCUUUCC